AUGUUUGCUGCGCGUUAUGAGACCUACGCCAUUUCGCUGUAUGCGGAUGAGGCGGCAAAGUGGAAGAAGCACAUGAUGGGAGCUCGCUGGCAUGACAAGGUUGAGGGAAUGGAGCUGACCUUGGACACUGGAAGGAAGCUCAUUUCAACACCAACUGACAUUUCCAAUGACCCAAGUUUGGCUGGCAAGGCAGAUGUGAUCAUUUUGGCUGUUCCUUCCUUUGCUCAUGGCCAGUACUUUGAGGCAUUCUACCCUUAUAUCAAGGCUGGCACCAUUGUCGCAUGCAUGCCUGCCCGUUCAGGUGGCGACAUCCUGUUUGCUUCCAAGAUGAAAGAAAAAGCGGACAGCUUGGCCUUUGUGGGCUUUGAAACCUUGCCAUGGGCCUGUCGUUUCACGGAGUGGGGCAAACGAGCCACCAUCUUGGGCACCAAAGGACAGAUUCUUGCUGCGGUGACUCCAGAGUCGGAGGCCACUCGAGCCAUUGCCACGUUGCAAGGUCUGUUGAGCGUCUUCCCAGCCGUCGAAAAGAGCCCCAACAAUUUGGGAAUCAGUUUGCGGAAUCCAGGGCAGGUGAUCCAUCCUGGAGUCAUGUAUGGGCGCUGGUGCUCGGAAAAAUGGGAUGGGAAGCCCCUGGCAGAGAAGCCUUUGUUCUACCAGGGCGUGGAUGAUUUCACCGAGAAGGUGCUACUGGGCCUCUCAGACGAGGUGCAGGAUGUGUGCCGAAAGGUGGAAGCCUUGGUUCCAGGUUUCAACUUGAAAGACGCUUGCACCUUGCAUCGAUGGUACUUGGACUCGUACAAGGGCCAGAUGGCAGAUGAUUCCACCUUGAAGCUUUCCAUGAACACAAACAGCUUCAUGCCUGACUUGAAGUAUCGCUACUUGGCGGAGGAUGUGCCCACCGGCUUGUGCUUCACACGUGGCUUGGCAGAGUUGCUGGAAGUGCCCACCCCGACCAUUGACAAGGUCAUCAGCUUCGCACAAGAGUCCUUGGGCAAGAGCUUCUUGGUGGAUGGAAAGAUGACAGGUCCGAGCCUUGGGGAGACAAGGGAACUCUACACUGAUGAGAGCCUUCAGAUCCCUUGGCUGGGCUCAUUGGGCAAUCAUGACUAUGGUGGGCAUACCUGUGAUGUGUGCCUAUUCAAGACGGAUGGAAAGGAUACCCGACGAGAUCGGCCCUGUUCCCAGGCCAUGAUUGACUACGACACUGAGCAUGACUGGCAGUGGCCUUCUGAUAAAGAAGUCCGCUGGGUGAUGCCAAUGAAGGGUGAAGACCGGUGGUACAUGAAGUCCUUCAACUUCAAGAAGGCAAAUGUGACCCUGGAUGUUUUCGUCAUUGACACCAACAAAGCGCAUAUCUCCAGCCAAUGUCGUGGAGGUGGUGGCUGUCCUGGCCAAGCCAGGGAAAAAUGCAUCUCCUUCUUCAUGCGACUCUGGACGCGCCAGCGCGAGUGGUUAUUGCCAGCCCUUGAGAAGUCCAAAGCAGACUGGAAAUGGGUGGUUGGACAUGCUCCUCCGGAGAAUUUCGAGGAGUCUUUGAUGGAAGAGAUGCGAGACCGCGGGGUCUCUGUGUACAUGGCAGGUCAUGUGCAUCAGCUUCGUCACGAUCAGCACCCCUCGGGCAUUGAGGUGAUCAUCUCAGGGUCGGGUGGUGGCUAUCAAUCUGCGGGCGGUGGCACUGCAUACACCUUGCACGAAUCCAUGGACUAUGGCUUUGCUGCGAUCAAUGUCAAGCCGACUCAGCUGACCGUGGAAUACUGGAAUGACCAGGGCCAAAGGCUGUGGGAUCCCAUCAUCGUUCCCGCCAAAGACUUGGUGAAGGAGGGUUUGUUGAAGAAGCUCCGCACCGCAGCGCUGCAAAGCGACGUGGAUGCCAUGAAGGAUGGCAUUGCCAAAGCAAAGGAGUACGGAGUGGAAGAGCGUUUGAUCUUCGCCGCGGCGAUUGCUGGGAUCAAAGCCUUCGAGGCGGAAGGCGGCUUGGCGUGGGUCUACCUCCAGCCGAAGAUCAUGAAGCUGCUUGGCACUCUGGGCCUGGGGGUAUUUGUUGCCGCCAGGGGGUUGGUGUGCAGUUGA